AUGGGCUCGAAAUUUGUCGGGAAGACGACGAUCGCCGAGUGGGUCGUAAAGAAGCGAAAGACGACGGAGCUGCAGUCAACGAAAAGCCAGCAACACACAAUAAUGCUAGAAGACGUAAACGUCAUUGUAGACACGGCGAUCCCGGCGCUCGUGAAGAUGAACAUCCGACGGGCCGACGCGUUUAUCCUCGUCUACGCCGUCAAUGAUUCCGACUCGUUUGAGUACAUCCGCUUGCUGCGCGAAGAAAUAGUGAAAAAGUACACAGCAGAUUUCCCAAUCGUCGUCGUCGGCAAUAAGAAAGACAUUUUUGAGCGCAACGUGCAUCCGGUCGUCGCCGACUGCUUGGUCACCAUAGAAUGGGAGCACCCACACGUGGAGGUUUCAGCGAAAAAAGGCGACGGCGACCUGAUGGCAAUUUUUGAAGAGCUGUUUUUACAUCCUGCUCUCAUCUGA